AUGUAUGGAAGCGUCGUGUCGAAGGCCUCGAGAGGCGGCAGUGAUACUAACAGGGGAGUGGAGUUACAGAUGAGCUGGUGUCUUCAAAGGCGGCUCCGCCAUGAAAGACCACACAAUGUCUGUCAGCAUGUAGCAAUCGUUUACCCCCAAGACCCUGUGCUUCGCAUGGGGUCCAACCUGACCGCCAGCUGCUGGGUCCACCCCGAACUCGGGGUCCACGCCAACUCUCUUUUCUGGACGCUGAAUGGUCAUCAGCUUCCCAGCUCCCUCUACCGAGUGCUGAGCCCGACCAACCUGAGCGUGACCCUGGCCGGGCUCAACGCCUCCAGGCAAACCUCUGGCGACAACCUCGUCUGCCACAACCACAAGGGGCACAUAUUAGCUGGCUCCUGUCUCUAUGUUGGGAUGCCUCCAGAGAAACCAGUCAAUCUGACCUGCUGGUCCCGGAACACCAAAGACCUGACGUGCAGCUGGGCGCCCGGAGGAAAAGGAGAGACAAACAUCAGCACGCUGUACAAGCUAAAGUACAAACUCAGAUGGUACGGCACCGAGAAGGAGUGCGAGGAUUACAGCCACACGCAGCCGUACUCCUGCAGCAUCACGCAGGACCUGCACCUCUUCACGCCGUAUGAGAUCUGGGUGGAGGCCUCCAACCGGCUGGGCCGAGCGACCUCCGACGUCAUCAUCCUUGACAUCCUAGAUGUGGUGACCACAGACCCUCCCUCAGGUGUGACCGUCAGCCGCUUGGGCCAGCUGGAGGACCAGCUCAGCGUUCGCUGGGAGGCGCCGCCGGCUCUCAAAGACUUCCUGUUUAAGGCUAAAUACCAGAUCCGCUACAGGCUGGAGGAGAGUCAAGACUGGAAGGUGAUGAACGAUGUCGGGAAUCAGACGUCGUGCAGGCUGGCUGGCCUGAGACCCGGAACGGUGUAUUUCGUGCAGGUUCGGUGUAACCCCGUGGGAAUCUACGGCUCUCGCAAAGCUGGGAUCUGGAGCGAGUGGAGCCACCCCACAGCUGCUUCCACACCCCACAGCGAGCGACUGAUGUCCUGUGACUCAAAGUCCAGCGGCGACUCCAACUCCACCCUGCGGCGGGAGCUGAAGCAGUUCCUCGGCUGGGUGAAGAAGCACGCCUACGGCUGCAGCAGCAUGUCCAUGAAGCUGUACGACCAGUGGAGGGUGGACAUGCAGAAAUCGCCAAAAACUCGCAACCAGGUUCUCCAAGGGGAUAAGUCGUAGCACAUGUCGGCCCUGCAAGCAGAGACGAACUGAACGAAUGCAGUUUGUAUUUUUAUUUUUUAUUUUUGUCUAUAUGUGUGAAUGAGGGGGAAAAAAAAAAACUAGAAAGAAAAAAAGCGACUGCAUUCUCAUAUUGGAAAUGUAAAAGACAAUUUGCUCCAGAAGAAAUCCAGAGAGGAAUUAAAAAAAAAAAAAAAAAAA